GCACGUCCAGGUUGUCACGCGUGCCCGGGGAAAUUGAUUUCAUAACCGCCACGAGCGAACAGCACAACCUCGUCCUUCGCCUUGCAGUGCUGUCGUGGUGGAGCGCGAACCGGAUCUUCUGCCUUCCUUCUUUACGACCCUCCAUCCGUACAUCAUCGGCGGCACACUAUCCACAUUCCUCCCUGUCUUCUCCGCGCACACGACCGACAGCCCCGCGCUAAAUCGGGCCAAGUAAGGUACAUCGAUUGUCCGAAUUCACCUGCACCUUCACCACACUGUCUGGUAUCUGGUGAAGGGAAGCGGGCGAUGGCGAGCCAGCAGGGUUCGCGCAAGAGAGUCAAGAUCUCGCGCACCGAGAGCGUGCCUGUACUACUCUCCACCACCCCCAAGCCCUCCACCUCCACAGCGACCACCAUCAUGCCUUCCAACCAGGGCGGCGCUGCCCUCGCUCCACACGAACUCGCUCUGCAAACCCUCCACUCCGACAUCGACGCCAUGCGCUCACUCGUCACCUGCAAAAUCUGCGCGCGAAUGCUCUACGAGCCUUUCGCCCUGUCAUGCGGACACACCUACUGCUACUCCUGCCUGAGCACGUGGCUCGUGAGCAACAAGAAGAAGACGUGUCCAGACUGCCGCGCAAACAUCACGCAACAGCCCACACCAUCGUACAUUGUGCGCGAGCUCGUGCUCAUCUUCCUUAGUCGCAACGAGCUGCUGCCGGACGGCGAGACGUCGGAGGAACACCACACGCUGGCGAGGGAGGAGGCGAAGAUUGUGGCGGAUGACCGGGCAAACACUGACCCUGUGCUGGGUGGCUUGUUCAAGGGAUGUUUCACCGGACGGGGAGCACGGCUCACGCCCAUCUACGAUCCCGGCGAUGGCGUGGAGAGAUGUCCGGAGUGUCAUUGGGAGUUGGAGGAUGGCUUCUGCGACCAGUGCGGGCACUACAUGGAUGGUGUGGAUCCCUCUGACUUCUCCGAGGACGACUACGACGAAGAGGUGGAUGCUUACUAUCGUAACAUGGAUGAUCUGGAGCAUUCGGCGUUUGGGCCGGAUGGACAGGAUGACUACUUUGGGCAGGAUGAUUUCGAAGGGCAGCAUUCGUCAGACUCUGAUGUCAUCCAUGAGGUUGUGGUGCGGAGGCCCCGGCCCCAUGAGCAGCCGGUGCGCAUAAUGGCAUCGCUGAGUUCCGGGAUAUCGGACGAUUCGGAGGAGGAGGAUGAGGAAGAGGACGACAUGGAUGGCUUUGUUGUGAACGAUGACGACGAUGUCGAUGCCGAUGGAAGUGAUGAUGACGACGCUGAGGACAACGACGAAACCCCAGUACCGCAGGUCGUCAGUGCUCGCCGACUCGUCCGACGCCAGGCGGCGCCUGUGGUGAUCUCUGAUGAUGAGGAGGAAGACGACUCCGAGGACGAAGCACCAGUAUCGAGCGGACGCCAACGUCGAAAGCGUGAUACAACAGCUCGCUCUGCACCUGCUCGCACGAUCUAUAGCGACGAAGAGUCAGAAUCAGAGUCCUCCUCCGGCGGUGAAGGCGGCUACAAUCACGAUCUUGAGAAUGGCGGCGGCUUCUCGCCCUUGACCGGCGGGGCUGGAGAUUUGGACAGUGUGCAAAGCAGCUACGACUCCGAGCAGUCUGUCGCAUUGCACAAUGGAUGGCCGGAUUCGGAAGACGAUGGCAGCGAGCCGUCGGAUUCUGAGGAUGACGGAUACAGCGGAUGAAGCCCCACCAAUUGCUGUACGCGCCGCAGCUCCAGCGCACCCAUUCAAUCUUGACAACACUUUGGCGAGCGUCAAUUAUAAUCAGCGGAAUCAGCAAGCGAGGACGAAUAACUUUGCGCAACGCCACGCUGGGACGUACGGAAAUGGCGUGGGAGGGAACUCGUCUGGCUCAAGUGGGAGCAGCGCGACGGUGCGUGCGGAGGUUGAUUCUCGCCGUAAAAGGGCGCUCAGCAUCUCUUCUGACGAGUCGUGCGAGUCGUAUGAGUCGUCCAACGCGCGUGGGCCCGUACACUAUUGAAGGAAGGACUGGGCGGGAUGGAAGGGGGACGCAUCGCCGAAUGAGUAGUGAAGAAGGGCCGUAGCUUGAAACGACUGUCUAACGACUUUGAUUGAAAGAUGUCUGACGCUCUUCACUGCACGUAUCUGCACCUCGGCGCACAAUGAUGUUGAAAGGAUAACUGCUUGGAGUGAUGUGACGUCGAAUAGGC